AUGUCUUCACCUCAAAUUCUUGUUGUUGGUUCUAUUAUAACGGAUCUUAUAAAUUAUACUGACAAUUUUCCUGAACCAGGAAAAACUACUAAAGGAAAACUUUUUAAAAUAGAUUGUGGUGGUAAAGGAGCUAACCAGGCUGUUAGUGCUGCUAAGUUAGGUUCUAAUGUAAAAAUAAUUGCUUGUGUUGGUAAUGAUGUUUUUGGAAAAGAAAAUAUAAAAAAUAUAAAAGAUAAUGGUGUUAAUGUUGAUAAUGUACAAAUUAUUGAAGGAUACAAAACAGCCGUUGCAAAUAUAAUGAUUGACAAGAAUGGAGAAAAUAUAACAAUUGUCAAUUUAGGGGCAAACUUAGAAUUAAAUGCUAACAAAAUCCAACAACUUGAAAAUGAAAUAAAAAAUAGUUCCCUUAUCAUGUUACAAAAUGGCAUAUCUCGUGAAGGCAAUUUAGAGUGUAUGAAAAUAGCUCAAAAAUAUAAAGUUGAAGUAAUGUAUAAUGCAGCACCUGGUAUAAAAAAUUUAGAUCAAGAGUAUCUCAAAAAUACUGACUAUCUUAUUGUAAAUGAAAAUGAGGCACAGUUUUUAUCCGAAAUACCACUGAUAUGUGAUAACGAUUAUAUUGAAUGUGCAUUAAAAUUAACAAAAAGUGUCAAAAAAGUUGUCAUUAUAACUAGAGGAAGUAAUUCAACAAUUGUAGCAAUAAAUGACAAAAAUAAAAAAUAUUUUGAAAUAAAAAUUGACAAAGUAAAAGCAAAUGAUACAAAUGGGGCUGGAGAUUGUUUCUGUGGAGCUUUUGCUAGCACAAUUGUAACAAAAAAAUAUACUAUUAAAGAUAGUGUAAUUUUUGCAUCAAAAGUUGCAGCAUUAUCUGUUCAAAGAAUAGGCACACAAUCCUCUUAUCCCAAUAUUGAUGAAGUAAAUAAAAUUUUAAAAAUUCAAUAA